AUGAGUGGGAAAAGAAAUUUGAUUGAAACUGAUCCAGAUUAUGAAGAUGUUUCGAUUCAGCAAAAUAAACGUCAAAGGGUGUUGGAAAAAGAUGGUAAUUAUAUUGUUUUAUCAUUAAGAUUUACAGCAAAGAAAGCUGCCGUUAAAAAGAUUGAAAGUGUCAUACAAACACAGUUUAAUAUAGAAAUAGAAAAUAAAGAACAUGAAGUAAACAUUAUUGAUCAGAAAUUAUGUCAGUCGAGAUUAAUGAUGGACAGAUUAAGAGCUUGUAUUGUGGCUAAUUAUUAUGGUUCAUCAAUACACCAAAAACAUAAUUUGAAAUCUAAUGUACAGCCUACUAUACAUCCAGCUGUUAAAAAUCAUCUUGGUAAAACAGUUAAAGAUGGUAGAUCUACCUCCAUUAAACCUAAUGCUACUGUAACAUCAAACAGUGAACAUAUUAAUACCUCUACAUCAACUUCAAAAGUUGUUGAUAAAUCCACUACAUCAGAAAGUAAAAUCAUGACCAGUCCACAAGCGUCUAGAGAUUCUAGGUUUAAGAUAAAAAAGAGAAUUAUUGUUGGAAAUGUGUCAAAAUAUAUACCAGUAGAACAGCGAGAAAUCAAUGAUCAAUCAACACAUAAAUGGAUGGUGUAUGUUCGAGGUUCUAAAGACUCACCUAGAAUUGAAGGAUUUAUUAAAAAGAUUUGGUUUUUUCUUCAUCCAAGUUAUAGACCAAAUGAUUUAGUUGAGAUAAGUCAGCCACCAUUUCAUCUAACUAGAAGAGGCUGGGGGGAAUUCCCUGUUCGAAUACAACUAUUUUUUAUAGAUGGUCGUAAUAAAAAGGUGGAUAUAAUACAUAAUCUGAAGCUUGAUAGAACCUAUACUGGUUUACAGACAUUAGGGGCAGAAACAGUAGUUGAUGUAGAAUUAGAAAGAGAGGUGACACAAGUUAAUAUACCAAAACCUAUUUCUAUAACACGCAACAAAGCCAAUGCAACCAAUUCCACCUCCAAAACUAAAGAGCCUACAAGUGAAGAUAACUCUGAGGAACAUGCUUUAAUUACCUCCCCAUUAGAAAGGAACCAUACAAUCAGUCAUUCUCCAGUGAAACAGACUUUGGUUGAGGACAAAUCUCCAGCUAAAAAAAUAAAAACUGAGCCUUCAUCAAAGCCAAAAGUACCACUAGAAUUAAAGAAACCAGAUUUAGGACACAGAAAGGAGAAUCUUAAGGAGUUACUUUUAGAUCCAAAUUUUGGAAAGAAGAGGGGUGAGCUUUCAGACCCAACUAAAGCCACACCCACUCUUACAUCCUCUCCUAAAAAUCAAACUAAAACAGUUUACCUUCGUUGUAAAGAUGCUAAAGGAAAUAUUUUACUACUUCCUAAAGUGAUUGUGAAUGAUAAUAGUGCUAUUGUUUCAAAUGGUCAAAAUGUACCUGCCAAUCAAAUGAAAACGCUUAGAUUGACAGCUUCAACAACCAAUCUGGUUUCGGUAAAUAAUUCAGUGACUGUAGCUAAACCUGUCAAUAAAACUACAUCUUUGUUAGUUACCUCCCCUGGAACUACCCAGACCUCUGCAACAAGCAAGCAAGUAGGAGCUAAAAGCUUGAUACAGAAUCAUUCUUUAGGAGCUAAAAUUGUUUUACCUCUGAACGCUUCAAAUUGUUAUCAACAACCAAAGAAUCCAGUGGUUGUGUCCAAUAAUUCCAGCGUAUUUGCUACUCCACCACCCAGCCCUAGUUUUAAACUUAUGGUGACACCAAAGGGUCUACAAGCUCUACCUCAGACUAAAACACAGGUUUCAACUGGUAUCUCUACUCAACAAAAUACCAUAACAAUCUCCCCUCAAACAACACAGAACUCUAGUGCCCAGUCAUUAUUGAAUGUGGCGAAAGUACAAACAGUGCCAAAUAUUGUCAAACAAAGUGUUCCAAGUGGAAAACCAGUUACAAUGGUCAAUUUGUCAUCUUUGACUUCUCAGUUGAAGCCGCUGGCUACAAAUUCUCAAAAUAUGAAAACUAUAACGCUUACAAAUUCCAAAACUCUUAUGAAGAAAACUCCAGAAAUAACGAAGGCAAAUGUAGCCCCUAAAAUGAUCCCAUUGGUAACUGUGAACAAUAUAAACCAGCCUCAGACAGCCUUGAAAGUUGUAGGAACUAGUGCUCCUCCAAGUAACAGCAAAACAUUUUCACUUCUUGGAAAAAAUGAAACUAAAGAUUCUUCUCAAAAGCCAGUUUCUUUGAUUUUGAAUUCACAAAUUCAAAAGUCGUCAGUAUUAAAGGAUGGUUCAGUGCCUAAAGUGAACAUGUUAUCAAAUGUGAAUCCAGUAAAACUUGUUAUUCAAAACAACCACAUCAGUGCUUUGACUCCAAAGGUCAGCAACCAUAUUGGGGCAGCCAAUCAUUCGACCAAUCCACAAAACAAAUCUCCACAAGUAGUGCUUGCCAGUGUUGGUUCCAGAACACUUUUGCUAAAGGUGCAACCAGACGGACAAAUUAGUCAAUCAGAUCAAGCAGCUUUGCAACAACUUUCAAAAUCAUCCAAUGACAUCAAGAUAUCUAUGAAAUUAACCAAUCAAAAUGUAAUUGACAAGCUGACUUCUGUCAAUCAAAGUCCAAUGACUGUGAAGCAGCAAAUAGAUGAAAAGAAAUUUCUCAAUGGACCAAAACUUAAUAUUUCUGCCCUCAGCCAGGUUACUUAUGAUAAAGAUUUAGAUAAACGAAGACUUGGAUUGAAAAAGAAAGUUCCAAAAAUAGAAGAUGAAAAGAUCCCACCUCUUUUACCUGAAAAUCACAGUGAUAUAUUGUCUUUAAUAAAAACAGCAGUUAAAAGACAUCCAUUAGUACAACAUAAUGCAAAUCGCAGCACCCAUCCCUACUGUGCUCACUCUUAUAAUCAAUGGUUAAACUGGAAUAUUGGCAAAAGACGUGCUUCAGAGUGGCAAAGAGCAUCAUGGGUACGACAGUACAUCAUCCAAUAUUUAAAAACAGACGUGUUCAAAGGGACACAACUGUGGUCAACUAAACAGAUUAUGUAUUGGUGUAGAUUACAUGCCUUUAGUCCACAUUAUUUAGAAAAGAAAGAAGAGCUAAAAACUGAAGAGACAAAAAAUAAACCAGAGACAACACCACUGCCAAUCAAUAGUUUAACAGAUCUCCAGCUUAUUAUUAAUCAACUACCAACUAAUCUACCAGGAUCAUCUGAUAGUGAUGAUGAAGUUGAUAUUCUACACAUAGAUCCUCCAACAAAGGUGAAAGUUAAAAUAAAAGAAGAGCCAGUAGAUUCUGAUAAUUACAGUAUUCCAUCAAUUUAUCUACCUCCCUCUGAACCAGCUGAAUAUAUACAAGACUCUUGUCAGAAGAUUGGUGUCAGAUUAAAGCCAGUACAUCUACAAGACAAUGUGUAUGGGUCAGCCUGUGAAGAUAUACUGUAUUCAGCUAUGCAAAAUUUUGUCGAAGAUUUAUUACGAAAAUCAUUUUCCUUCAAACAUAGCAGAUCAAAAACUGAUGAUACCAUCAAAAUAGAAGAUGUCCAGAAAUCUAUUACAAGUUCCAGUUCUUUAGAUUUUCUGACUAAUUCCCAUCUUGGUUUACAACCAGACGGCACAUUCCCUAAUAUUAGAUGACAGGAAUAAGAAUAUGAUUUAACUGUAAUCUGUAUUUCGGUGAAUUAAUUGGUUGUGGCCUGUAACUGAGUCCAGGCUUGUGACUUAUUAUGUUAUUUGUAGUCCGUAGCCAAGAGAAAAGCUUAGUUGAUGUCCUAGGUUAGAAGGAUUCCGAUCUCUGCUUAUGGUCAGCACUGUAUCUUGUCAGGGGGAGAAACGCAUUCGGGUGGAAUGAGUAAAAGUAGGAUGUAAAACUCCAUUUCAUUUAGUAUCUGAAUCUGUGGCUUGAAAAUGUAUUAUGUGUAGUCUGUAGCCAUGUGAACUACUGAGUUGUAGUCUGUAUCUCAGGGAAUGCGUCAAUCAUGUUUUUCAGUAUACAAUUAAAUAAGAAUUAUAUAGUUAGUAGUUGAUAACUAGCUGUAAUUUGUUUCCCUGUGAAUUUAUUACAAUUAAAUUGUUAUACAAAAAUUCA